CUAAACUCUCCCUGUCAUUAGUGUCAUUCAAGAUGGCGUCUAACCAGAACCAUGGCACCCAGCUUGAGGAUCUUGCUGGCGGCACCCGACCCUCCGGCUGCCUCAAGGUGUUCAUUCAGAGGGACUACUCGCAGGGAACGUCUGUCAAAUUCCAGACUAAGUUUCCGCCUGAGCUGGAAGGCAAGAUGGAGAAUAAUGUCUUUGAGAACACAAUCAACGACAUCAAUGCUAUGUUUGUCGAGGCAGAGAAAAUGUCAUGUGGUCGCUACUGUGAGGGCUGCCUGGGCUGUCUGACUGCCUACCUGGUCUUCUUCUGUAUGGAAACCCACUAUGAACAGAUGAUGAAAAGGGUGACCAAGUAUGUGGCGGAGCAGAAUGAACGUGUCUGGACCCCUCGCGGCCUCCUCAUCACCAACCCCAUCGAGCGUGGACUAAGAGUUAUUGAGAUUAGUAUAUUAACAGAGCCGGCAACCACCAGAUCGCAAUGAGGCGUGAUGCUCCCACCUGCUGUACAGGAUCCCCGCCCCUCACAUCACCCUCACCGCCCCAUCACCCUCGUCACCCCAUCACUAGCCUGUCAUAGCUCACAUGAUCAUCCUUCCCACAUUUAUAACAUUGUAUUGAAUAUUCUAUGUAGAUAUAAGAUAACUGUCACUACAGGAAAUGAAAGAGGGAGAGAGAGAGAGAAUAGAGAAGUGUACAUUUUCACCACAGAGCAUUUAAUGUAUAUUUUACCACUGACACACACAGGCAGCAGGAAUCCCAAAGCCUGACCACAGAGGCAAAUGACUCAGUUUGGUUAUAGCUCCUUCUCCUCUUGCUGCUUUCUGUAGCCUGUUUCACACUUCCAUACAUGUGGAUAGAAGGAAAUGUGCCUGCUGUUUUUUAUACUAUUUAAAUUUGAGGAAGUAUGUCUGCAGCAUUUUUACGAGGAUCAACAUUGCCUUUCUUACCUAGCUAGUGAAACAGGUGAAGGGCUUUGAACUCUUGUCAGUGUGUGUCUGCCCAGACCUACAAAGCGAGCCACUCGUGAUAUCCCAAUGUGCUCGCAAGGGAGAUAGCAUUACGUUAGGUCUGACUUCUUUCUCGAUGGCUGGUCUUUUAACCACAAAGAUAAAGAUUGUUGGACUGGAGAAUAACUAGACACAGUAUUCACAAUCCAUUUAAUCACUUGGACUGUGUGUUCAUUGCAUCAUAAUAGUUGCUACAUAAUAGUUGUUCUUCAGUUCUGCAUUGAUGAUCUUCACUGUGCUCUGAGAGUUUUAGGCAGCCAUCGAGGGAAUCUGGGAUGGGAAUUAUGUAUCUUCUUACCUAUUGGAGCGUAUGGUGCCAUGUCAUGGUUCAGCAAGGGUCUUGUAUCCCAUCUGUUUGUUCUUAUUAGCUUUUCACCGUUAUCUUUCUGCAGUGAGUUUGUGUCUUGAUGUGUGUGUGUGUGUGUGUGUGUGUGUGUGUGUGUGUGUGUGUGUGUGUGUGUGUGUGUGUGUGUGUGUGUGUGUGUGUGUGUGUAGCCUGUGUUGAGAUGCCACAGUGUCAUCAGUGUUGUAAGUUCUCCCCGAUCAAGUGGUUUUCUCCAUUAUUUGCCAUGAACUGAACCCAGAUAUUCCUGCUGUGAUGCUGCUGCUGCUGCUGCCACUGCUGCUGCCUUGUUGUGGCUUGUUUGUGAGAGAUAAAGGAAUAGUACAUUUUGACAAAGCAAAAUGGGUUCCUUUCUCAACUUUAUCAUGGUGUAUAUCCUUUUCUUAAAUUUAUAUCUUUGAUCUCUCAGUUCUUGAUUUUCAGUAACUUUGCCUUUAUACACCCUACUCUGCAUUCUGUGUACAUAGGCAUAGAUAUAUUAGAAAAGAUAGUUUUAAUUUUUUUUUAAUUUAUUAACGUGGAUAAAAUUGCAUCCUGAACAUGAUUUAGUAUAAUAAGUGUUAUUGAUAUUUGUUUUAAUGACUCUUCUGUGUGUGUGUGUGUGUGUGUGUGGUUGGUCAUAAUCAGAGCAGUGCAAGAGAUCAGCAAGCCCAGAGGUCUCACAGUGAGAGGAGUCUGAAUGUUGUGUGCAUAGAUAUCAUUAGAGGUGUGGGAGCAGUCCAGGUGUGCAUUUGAGAUCCACUCCCUGGGAACUAUUAAUGCGCUUCCUCUCAGGUAAUGGUAUUGUGUGGCCACUUAGUAGAUUCAGAACAAAGAAAUGGUUAUCUCUUGUGUCACAAUUGAUCAGAAUUACCUAAUAGUAUUGUAUGAUUUUAUUUUCAUGAAUGCUUGUGGAUGAUAAUGUUUUGAUUUAGCUGUGUUUGUGUAGGAAAAUUUAGCUUUAAUUUUUACCAAGUGAUGGCAAUAUGUAUAGAUUACUGUUCAUUGCCAUUGAAUUAUUUUAAUGUUAUUUUUAUUUGAGAAUACAGAAUGAUAUGUAUCCUUUAUUUGUGUUGACAAUGGACAACAUUUUGUACUUGCAGCUUGAAGAAAUCUGCUCAGCAUUCCAGGUGGGCAGGUAACAGUGUGAUCCAUCAGGUGUUGGCCACUCUCUGCCUUGCCCACUGCUGUUUGCCUUGAAUGUAAUGUGUUCCCUUUAAUCUGGUAAUGUGAAUUGAUGAUUAUAAUGAACUUAUUGUUGUGGUAAAAUAUUUUAUGAUAAUUCUUCACGAUAUGGUAAUAUGGAAGAUAAUCAGAAUGUAAUGAUUCUCAAAUUAGAAUACCAGACUUAAGUUACAAAGCAAAAUCUUCCCUCAGAAUUACAUCUUGGAGCCAGAUUUAUCGGCAUUGGCCAGGCUGAUACAGGGAGCGUAGGAAUGGUAUGAUUGUGGUGUGACUGGAGGAGCAACAGUAGCAUGCACACUUGACUCACCUUGGGACCACACUGUCUGUCUUGGUGUGUUUAUCCUGUUGUUGUCGUGAAGAUCGGCUGAGAACUCAUAGGCUCCUCUCGCUUGUAGCCAGAGCCCUUAUGAUUAUUAUUAUCAAUAUUUUUCUCAUCGUCAUUACUCCUGAGGGGUUAGCCUUAGCUUAUGGAAAGAACAUUUUUGUACUUUCGAUAUUGAAGCAACACUGUAGGGGAGUGGUUGGGUGGUAGUUAGCAGUGUCAACCUAAACCAUGACAACUGAGUAAACAGCAUCCCUUGUUAUAUUGAAAGUUUGUCGUUAUGGUUCUGAGUUAUAUAUUUAAUGUCUCAUUAGAUGCAGUAUAUUUAUAAAUUUGUGCAUGGACUGAGGACAGUGUUUCCUUCUUUUUCUAAAUGUGUGCAAGAUUUGAACUUUGAUGACUAUUGUUUCAGCAUUCUUUUGACAAUAUUACUGCUGUACUAAUACUUAUUGGUGAGAAAAGUGUGUAUAUUGUUGCUGAUUGUUGAUCUAUAUAGCCUUGUGGGUGUUUAUUUCUUACAGCUUCAUGUUUCUCAUUGAGUUCUGUCCCUUAGCUGACUCCUGACAUUUACCUCCCAUCAUGCAAACUGAAAUAAAUGAAAAUUCUAUAAA